UACGAAAGAAAUUGCCGUUGAUACUGCUGCUAAUCAUGAAUUAUCAAGCAAAGCGUGUGAUGCGCCAAAAUUCGGUGUCAGUUGCGGCCAAUGAUGUUGGCGGUGUCGCGUCCCCAUCGCCAAUUAUGACAACAACCUCAUCGGCACCCAGUACACCGCAGUUGCAGAAUCUGGAAGACAACAAACCCGUGCACGUUCAUCGCCAGGUGAUCUUGGUGCAGAGCGGCAACGUCCCGCAAUCGCAGCAUCAGCAGCUGCAAACAGUGACAGCUGUGACUUCAAACCCGAAUACAGCUAUGACCGCCAUACAGAUUGCAGAUGAUGCGCCCGUCUCCCUGCUUACAGAGAUUGCUGAUAUUAUGCGGAGCUUUGGGGACAGCGAUCAACCGCGCACGGCCAGCGUCAAGUUGGUUGAGCAGAUACUGCAACAGCAACUACGUGGGAUUUUUAAUGAGGCCUCAUUGGUUGCCAUGCGCCGCAAGCAGAAUCCCUGUCCAUCGCAGGCAGACUUUGAGUUUUUAAUGCGUAAUCAUCCCGUGAAAAUAGCACGGAUGCGUAAGCACUUGAAGGACAUGCGUAUAUUGAAACGAUUCCUAAGCAUUCGCACUGGCAGACCGCAGGAUUUUAUGGACGAUCUAGAGCAGCAGGAGGAGGACGAAGAGCUUGCCAUUGAAGUUCAGGAGCUGCACGACGAGGAUCGCAUGCGUCGACUGUUUCGUGCCGAUCGCAUCUCACAAAUACUCACCGGACAACAGUAUCUGGAAUUUAAUGAAGCGCGAAAGACUUCAUUCUACUGUCGCCACGGGGAAAAGAUUAAAAACAAGUUUAGACGCUUUCUGGACUUACCCGCCGAUUUGCGUAUACCGACGCCCACAAUGAACAUUUUGGCCUAUCUGGCACACGAAACUAUUGCGGCUAUUGUGGACUACUCAAUAUUAACGAGAUUGAAUUCAGAGAACCGUGCCACAGAGCCUUACAGUCGGGUCACCUCAGCUGGCGGAAGUCCUGCCAUGAUGCAUGUGUGUCCUGAAGUAACCCAAGGCCGAGGCAUGGAGGUAGUAAAACCCAUUAGUAUACAAGAAAUACACGAAGCAAUGCGACGCUUUCGUCAAAUGAGUAACCGCAAAAUUGGACGUUACCGCAACUCUUGUGACAUUGACUUCAGACGCAGUUUCCUGGCCAUUUAAAGCAUUGAUAAGCUUUCAAGAUGUCAUAAAAUAUGUUGCAGUUCAAUUAAGCACUGAUAUAAUAUUAACAACCGUUUAAUCCAAUCCAAUUUUAAGAUUACCAUAUUUAACUGAUUAUUUUUAAAUAAAAUAAAAACAAUUUAUUUAUUUCA